UUCAGGUAUUCUGGCUGAACCGCAGCUCUACAAUUUCUUACCCAGCAUUCCAUUUCGACUCCUGGCAGGCCUUCCCCAGCCUUAUGCAAAUGAGAGCAGCACAGUAGCUUUGACUGCAGAAGGGGAGGGAGGCAGAAAUGAGUUCAAAGGUCACAAGGCUGGUGGAAGGCUGGAACGGUUGAAUGAAAAAAUGAAAAAAUGUAGUCGGUGCCGCCGCAGUCUCUGGCAGAUAGGCGAGGAGUUAGUUAAAUGAAGUGAUACCGGCUGCUCGGAGUGAAGAUUGCCCAGGACCUAUGCAGGCGUAGAAACGUGCCCACAGGUACAUGUGACAGCGUUGCAGCGAUGAGUGGAAUUUUAAAGAGGAAGUUUGAAGAAGUCGAUGGCUCCUCACCCUGUUCCUCUGUGCGGGAAUCAGAUGAUGAAGUUUCUAGUAGUGAAAGUGCAGACAGUGGAGACAGUGUCAAUCCAUCCACUUCUAAUCAUUUUACCCCAUCCUCAAUCCUGAAACGAGAGAAGCGGCUGAGGACAAAGAAUGUUCAUUUUAGCUGUGUUACCGUUUACUACUUCACAAGGAGACAAGGUUUCACCAGCGUUCCCAGUCAAGGAGGAAGUACAUUGGGCAUGUCCAGCCGCCAUAACAGUGUGCGUCAAUAUACUCUUGGUGAAUUUGCGAUGGAACAGGAAAGGCUCCAUAGAGAGAUGUUAAGAGAGCACCUCAGGGAGGAAAAACUUAACUCUUUAAAGCUGAAGAUGACUAAGAAUGGUACGGUAGAGUCUGAAGAAGCCAGCACUCUUACAUUAGAUGACAUUUCAGAUGAUGAUAUUGACUUAGACAACACGGAGGUAGACGAAUACUUCUUCCUGCAACCCCUGCCAACAAAGAAACGAAGGGCGCUGCUUCGAGCCUCCGGAGUGAAAAAGAUUGAUGUGGAAGAAAAACACGAGCUGCGGGCCAUUCGCCUAUCACGAGAGGAUUGUGGCUGUGACUGUAGAGUAUUCUGUGAUCCGGAAACUUGUACUUGCAGCCUUGCAGGCAUCAAGUGCCAGGUGGAUCGGAUGUCUUUCCCAUGUGGUUGCACUAAAGAGGGAUGUAGUAAUACAGCAGGUAGGAUAGAAUUUAAUCCUAUCCGAGUCCGGACUCACUUUUUGCACACAAUUAUGAAACUUGAACUGGAGAAAAACCGAGAGCAGCAAAUUCCGACGCUGAACGGCUGCCACAGUGAGAUCAAUGCUCACACUAGUUCUAUGGGCCCUGCUGGCCACCCUGUGGAAUAUUCAAUUGCAGAAAAUUUUGAGAUUGAAACAGAACCCCAAACAACAGUGAUGCAUUUGCAGUCUGCAGAGGAGUUGGAUUGCCAAGGGGAAGAUGAGGAAGAGGAAGAAGAUGGGAGUAGCUUUUGUAGUGGAGUUACAGAUUCCAGCACACAAAGCCUAGCACCAAGUGAAUCAGAUGAAGAGGAAGAGGAGGAAGAAGAGGAGGAAGAAGAUGAGGAAGAUGAGAAAGGAGAUCAUUUUGUGGAAGGUCUGGGCACCCACACCGAAGUUGUGCCUCUUCCUUCAGUUCUCUGCUAUUCUGAUGGCACUACAGUCCAUGAAAGCCACUCUAAAAAUGCCUCUUUUUACACUAGUUCUUCAACUUUAUAUUACCAAAUAGACAACCAUGCCCCAGGCACCACAAAUCAAAUUCCUGAGAACUAUUCUGAAAGAGAUACUGUUAAAAAUGGUACCCUUUCUCUGGUGCCUUACAGCAUGACAUCAGAGCAGUUUGUUGACUAUGCCCGACAAACAGAAGAGAGCUAUGGUAGCUCCCAUUACCCAUCUGCGAAUCCCUCCGUAAUAGUCUGCUGCUCUUCGUCAGAAAAUGAUAGCCAUGUGCCAUGUAGUAGCUUAUAUCCUGAACACAGGCCAAACCACCCGCAAGUGGAAUUUCACUCUUAUUUGAAAGGUCCCUCCCCAGAAAGAUACGUUUCCACUUUGAAUGGCGACAGUCAUAUAGUUGAGCAUCCUGCUGAAAAUUCCUUAAGCCUUUCGGAAAAGAGCAGAUUGCACGAAGAGUGUAUCAAGUCAUCAGUGAUUGAGACCGUCCCCGUGUAGUAGAUUAAGUUGUCCCAGAACCACCUUCCUAUAUUUAAAUGCACUGUAAUUUAAUUGGAUUUCCUAGACUCGGCAUUGUUUUAAACUGUGGACCAAGAAAACUUGGACUAUGGUUAAUGUUCCAGAUGCUUUUAUUUCUUCUUUCUAGCUUUUGGGACAGUGGCAUUGCACAAAUACAAGUUCAUACAAGGAUUUUGAAAUAAAUCAGACUUUUUUGAUACAAAAAAAGCUAAAUUUAAAAAUGCAUAUUUCAGUCACUGACCUGUCAAACUCUGUGAAACCUACCAACUUGUAUAGAUCAAAGCUCCAAGUUUUUUGAUUAUCGGGCCUGUGCAAGAUUAUUAACUAAUACUUGGAAACGAUCAGAUUUAGAGUCCUAAUUUUCAAACUUAUCUGAAGUUGAUGGUGACUUUUUAAUGUAAAAGUAAUUAUUGUAAGAAAAAGAUUUAAUUGUUCAUAUGUAUUUUAUUUAUGGUAGUUUAGCAGAUCAUGUUUUGAUGGAAAUUAACCUAUGUUCAUUUUAACUUAAGAGCCACACCAGAGCAUGCCCACAUGGAUUGCAUCUAGCGUUCCAUCUACAUUUUUAUGAACAUUACUAAUCGAUCUGCAAAUACUUUUCUUAAAGGUGAACUCGGCCUAUUUUUGCUAUUUUGAACAAAUAAAUGAAUAUAUUUGUGCAGGUCCAUACACAAUUUUCUCUAAAGGUAAGGGUUAGGACAAUCCUCCUGCUAGGGUCUGGAUCAGUGCCUUCCCACAGUUCAUUCCAGGGAAGGAGGUAAAAGGAAUUGCCACUUUAGAAACAACAAAAACAAUAAAAAUGGCAUUGUCUUUGUUCUUAGCUUGUCUACUAGCACCUUUGAGCCCCAAACCCCCAUGUGGAAAUGCACUUUAGUGCCCUUGGCAGUACCUGCUAAGGUGUAGGGACUGUGAAAAUUUUAGGGGGUUAGGGGCUGGGGUAGAAAGAAAGCUGUAAUUAUUGUGGGGUUUAUAUGAUGCAGCAGUCUUAGAAAAUAUUUUUUGUGAAGGAUUAAAUAAAGAUUUUCCUCAACCAGUUUGGGAAUCUAAAUCAGAGGUCAAUAAGAGCAGAGUUAUAAUGCUGUCAGGUUAUAGAAAGCAUGAAAUGGACAUGAAUGGUGUAAGCUGAUUUUUUUUCUAUAAAAAGACCAAUCUUUGGAAAAAUGAUGUUCAGAGAGAUUUCCAUUUUGGAAUUAACAGAUUGAUUAGGGACCAUCACCCAAAUAUUCAACUAGGCCUUAAGUUUCUGAAGCAUUGUGAAUUUCUCUUUGCUGGGACAAUAGCAGGAAAAUCCAGAAUGCAUUAUUUGCAUUCUCAUUACCUCAUGUUCCCUUAACUUAUUAAAGGGACAGACAUAGAAUCUAAAACAUGCACUCCUGGCCUUUAGAUUAUCUGCACUUGGUUUGCUGGAGAAGGAUUUUUAGGAUCCCAUUUUUUCUGUAAAUUGACUUAGGUAACUAAAUAGUGUGCACUACCUUUCUUUCAAUGCAAUAUGACACUUCCUAAUCUGUUGGAGUAUUUUGUCCUAUUGAUAUAUGAAGUAUCCUAUGUUAUAUGUCUGUUUAAAAAUGUAGAUUUGCCUUGCUGUUCAAUGACUGCAUUGCUUCUUAAUUUUUAUGUCUUUCAGACUUAGGUGUUUAAGGAUAUGGAUUUAAGCAUAUUGUAGACUUUCGACUCUGUAGAUUUCAUUCAGUAGCUGUCAAAUAUGCUUGAAUUCCAGCAGACAACCCUUGCUGAAACUUGGUGGGGAAGGGAGGGCUUAGGUAAUUUGUUUACUUGGCAGCUAGUUCUUUGAAAAUUAAAUUAUUUCUCCCUCUCCCCACUCACUGUACACACUGCCCCCUUCAUAAACACAUCCUGGGCUAAACAGGUAGGCAUUUCUCUCUCUAUCCAAAGGGUCCUUGGAUUUCUUUUUCAGACAGGGAAGUAAUAUGGGCUAGUGGUAUUUCUUUAAUAAUCAACCCAGACCAUUAGACUUCAUAUAUUUAUGAGAUCCAUUAAAUUACGUUUGGCAAAGUUUCAGUUCAUAGUGACUAAUACCUUUGUUUCCUUUCUAUAGUAAGAAUCUUAAAGAGUACAGAUCCCAGGAGAAAAUGUAAGGGAUUCCUCAAAGGCAAGGGUCCCUCAAAACUCAGCAUACAAAAGUAUUUUAAUGGAUUUGAGAGACUAUUAAAUAUACCUUUUAGUCUCAAAAAAAAAAAAAACCUUCAAUGUCCACAGAACACAGCCUAAGACUUGUCCUUUGAAGAAGCUAUAAAGGAGAUCUGUGAUCUGGGACAAGGUUGAAGGGACAAAAGGAAGCUUGGCUACUCACCUGAGAGCUAUUUAUAGGACCAUUUGAUUUAGUGACACUUAACUUUCUGAGGCAACUGAUGGUUAUGCUCUUUAUCUAGUUUCUAUCUUUGAGCUUUGCUUCCAAAGUGAUCCCAACUCAGCAGCUGCUUAUGGGUAGGGAAUCAGGGGAGAGUACACAAUGACCCUGUAUGUAGGUAGGAGAAUGAUCCCUUCCUAUUCUCCAACAGAUUGUCCAUAUUUUCACCAUCUAUCCCCACUUUACCUCAUGUCCUCUCCCCCCCAAAAAAGCCAACAACAUACAUUAGCAGCUUCCUGCCAUUCUCUUCCUUUCUCUCCCUCAUCAGAGGUACCAGCUGUCAGAUAUAUAUGACUAGUAAUACAUACUUUCCUCUUAAACUCUUAUCUGAUCUCAUGAUCUGAAAAAAAGUCAUAAUUUUUAUAUGGACUAGCAUUUUUGGAAAUAUUUGAUCAAAGAUAUUUGCAGAGAGAAAUAGUUAAAAUAUAUAGAUACAUUUAUGCCAUGUGUCUAUAUAGCAUCUCACUCUUGCUAUACAAGUAUCACUUCAUCUGCUUCUAUGUUGCUUCUUUUUUUGAGUAAAGUUAAUAGGCACAGAUUUCCCACUGCCUUUUCCAUCCAUCAAUAAUUGCUUUAUCAACAGUUACUGCCUACAUGCCAAGAAAUUUAAAUAUUUCUUCAAAAGUUGUUGUUUUUUUCCUUUAAUGGGAAUCAUGUGGGAGCCAGCCCAUUGGGAUAUAUUUGUACGAUCCUUAGUCCUGAGAUCCAAUAACCUGAUCAGCAUCUGUUGUGUCACCUCAACAAUUGUUGUUCAGUCUUUUUCAGUAAUGUCCAACUCUUCUUACUGAACCAAAUAAUGGGCCCCCUUUGCCACAGUCUUUUAGUCAUUCACAGCCCAUUGUAAAGCUUCUUUCUGCAGACCUUAUUUUACUUCCAACCCUGUGCCUUUAUAUUGGUCUUUACCUCUCAGUCACAGUCAAGACUGAUUUACAGUUCUAGUGGCUGAAGCAAUAUUUGGCGGUUCCUGGGGAAGGAAGAGGGGGAAGGAAGAUUACUGUUUUAUUCUUUAUUUCAUCUCUUGACUAUUUAGAUGAAGAUAUAUGAUUGAGAUAUAAGUAAAACCAGUCUGUCUCCUGUAUCCUGUUAGAUGAGUGAUACAUUUCCCCUUUAAAAAACAGUUGUUUUAUCUUGGUUAGAGAAAUCAUCUCUUCCCAGCAGGCUGGCCACAGAUGAGAGGAGGAAAGUACCUGAAAUGGAAAGCCCCUCUACCAAGUACAACCCAAGAACUCAUUUUUGUAUUUUAGUCUCCAUCUGAACACAUAUAAAUAAUGAGAUGAAGAAAUUACCUUUAGUUAUAGUAUUGUUCUCCAAUCUACCUUCAGUGCCAUAUGAGCCCUUGACCAAAUUUCAUUUUGCCAGUCAACAAGCAUUUAUUAUAUAUUUACUAUGUGUCCAACACUGCUAAGAACUGGAGAAGCAAAAAAAAAAAGGCCAAAAUAAAAAGUCCUUUCCAGUCCUCAAAGAAUAAUAUAUAUUAUAUAUACAUAUUAGUAGAAUAUAAAUAACUGGGUACAUACAAGAUAUAUACAGAAUAUAUGGAAGACAAUCUGAAAAGAGAAGACAUUAGCAACUAGGGGAAGAAAAAGUCUUGAGAAAGGCCUCCCAGAGACCAUUUCAGAUGAAUUUGGGAAGAAACCAGAGGACAGAAUGUCCUCUUCAGUUCAGAGCUGCAGAUUUUAAAGGGACACAUUCUUUGUUCUUACUUUUUGUUGUUGUUCAAUUGUGUCAUGUCUGAGUCAUUGUGAUCCCAUUUGAGGUUUUCUUGACAGAGAUACCAGAGAAUUUUUUGCAAUUUUCUACUCCAGUUCAUUUUACAAAUAAGGAAACUGAGGCAACAGGGUCAAGUGACUUGCCCAGGGUCAUAGAACUAGUGUCUGAAGCCACAUUUAAACUAGAAAAUGAGUCUUCCUGACUCUGGGCCACAUUCAACCCACUGUGCCACCCAGCUGCCCUUUUCUUAUGUUUUAAAGGGAAGAAAAUAUUACUCUCAUCUAGAAGACCAGGGAUGUCUCCUAUCAAAUUUACACAUACCAGGUAUUGCUAGUUAAGUAUUAAAUGAUGAGAUAAUUUACAAAGUUUAUUUCUGAGAGAAAUUUGAGGUAAAGAAAUGCCAUAAAAUCUUAUCUUGCAGGUUUUGUUUUAAUUAUAGCAUUAUAAUUUUAAUUAUUUUAUGAAACGGUGUUCUAAUAAACAUUUCCUUUUAAUUCUAUGCAUAUCCUAAAAUGAUGCCUCUUUAAAAUAGAGACAUGCAGGGUACAAGUACAAGGAGUUUUCUUCCCCCUGAGGAAAGUUUCAUGAAUCAAAUCUGGCCUCCUACAAAAGUCAGGGCAAAUGAAAAUACAUAAAAGAAGAUGAAACUAUUUCUACCAAGCUGUUACUUUAAUGUUGGAUCUACAAGUGACAUUAAAAUAAUACAGACCUCUACUAAACUCUCUCAAAUGAACGCUGAGUCACACACAGCAAAAACCUAGGAAAACAUUCCAGGAAAUCUCAGAAACAGCUUGGAAUCCUUAUAAAACAUGCAUUUAUAAAACAGCUCACUAAAGGUAACAAAACCCUCAUUCCAAAGGCACGAGCUUGUUGUUUUGCACUCUUACCUUUGGCACCUACAGAAAGGUGCUUUAGCAGGUGGCAUCAGUCACAUCUGGAGAGAUCACAUUCCUGCAAUCUAAGCCAACCUUUUAAGAAUUACAGAAAAGUCCCAUGAGGAAUGCUUGUGUCUUUUAAAAAUAGUUUUAUUCUACUGGCAAUCUAAAAUGUCCAAUGGCCAUGAUUUUCUUAAUUGCUGGAUUAUUUUAUUGACCCAAGAAGCAAUCAUGAUCUUAAAUGGCUUGUAAUCAUCAAGAACUCACUCUGAGAAUGCUUUCUAGGUGGUUGGAAUGGAUCUAAAGGCUGUAUCUCAUUCAGCCCCUCAAAAAGCCUUGCUCCCUGAGAGUUCUGUUAAAAUCCUUAUAAGAUUCUUUUUUGCAGGGGUAGAAUUUUUAAAUCCCCACACCCCAAACCAUCCAGGUAUGUGCAAAUAAAACCACUGCUCUGGUCAGAUGCUUUUUUACACUGAAAAGAGUUUAUUGAGUACGAAAAACAAUAACUAGAAAUUUCAAAAACAAACAUAAGGUUGGUUGUGAUAAAACAUCUUUAUCAGCUGUAAUAUGAGGAGUUGGAAAAGAUCUUGGCAAAGAGAUGGUUGACUUGACUUGCUCUGAACUUUAAAGCCUCCUCUUGAAGGACUGAAGAUAGCAUCAGAAGAGGUCUAUUAAAAGGUUAGGACCAGAAUGACAGAGUAUUAGAGAUAGAUGGUAUCUUAAGAGUUCAUAUAGUCCAAUUACUCCAAACCCUGAGUAUCACAUCUGUUUCUUAACAACCAUCUCCGUUAUUUCCUGCUCUUGACAAAUCAUUUGAUGAUCAAUUUCAAAAGCUCAGAAAGAUUAUGGCAUAUUCCUUAAAUGAUUAGUGAAAGUCAUAUAGUAGAAAAGGAUGCUUUCUUCACAUUUUGCCUAGUCUCCAAAAUAUUAUGUAAAUGUGUCCUAAACUGGUAUCCUCUAAAAUUCAGUUUUGCUAACCCCAUUUAUUAGGCUUGCUUUGGGGAGACACCCAUAAAUCUGGCAAUGGUGGUGAAUAUAAAUAUUUUUCUCACUAGGCUGAGCUUGAAUAUGUCAUGUGGCCUGGGUUUUAUCUAGUGUUUGACAACUUUUCACUGGUCUAAAUUUCUGCUGUUUGUGUGAGCAAGUACUUAACUGGUUUUUUCACUCUGAGAGUUAAUGAGGCCUUAUUGGGCAGUGUCAUAGAGGGCAAAAAGGUGCAUCAGAAAGGGUCCAAAUCACACGUCAGUUUGAAGUUCUUUCCUGUUGGGGGGGUGGGUAGGGAAUUAGAUACAAAUUUAUAAAAUCUAGACUAUGAAGUAAUGGAAAGAUCUUGUCACCUGUGAAUAUUCAUUUUACUAGUGGCAACUAGAGGUCACCAACAACUACAGGGUAAUUAUUUUUAUUAGGUAGUUUAAACUUCCUUGUAAAUUCAAUAAAAAUAUAUUUUGUGGGAUCAUUUUCUUUCAUCUCCAGUAAAAAUGCUGCUGGAAAUCAAGAGGCAAAUGAAUGGUAAUUAAAUUCAUAUUUGAUAUUCAAUGUGCUAAUUAUAUAAUUCCUUUCUUGGAUCACUUUUUAUCCUUGCGAUGAUAGGGUAGUUAGUGGAAUAGCAAACAUUUAAGGGUGGAUGUGAGGCUUUUAAAGUAUUUUAAGACUCAAAAGUAAAUUAGAAGAAACCAGAAAAACCAUAGAUUUAUGAUGGAUUUAGGUUAUGGGUUGGUUUAGGUUGUAUGUAAUUAAUUCUAGUUCAAGAAGAGUCUUUCUUGAAUCUCUUUUUUUUCCCUUUUCCUCCUUUGGCUUCCUCCCAAUCUUCUCAUAUGGUUUAGGAUUAUCUGGAGUUAUUUGUGAGUACACAGGAAAAAAUUGGCAAUCAUUUGGCCAAUUUAGAAAGUUUGGCUGCAGAAAAUUUGAAGUGUACUGCACCAUCCAGUAGGACAGCAGGCCACCUUCUCAGCAUUGUGGGAUUUUUUAAAAAGCAGGAAGGGAUUCUAAAAUAUUCAAUUCAAACCUCUCAGGUUACAGGUGAAGAAACUUGAGGGUCACAGAGGUUCAAUGACUUGCCCGAUGUCAUAUGGUUAAUUAGUAUUAGAGCCAGGAUCCAAAACUAGGAAAUCCUCUGAUUUUUUUUCCCCUAAACUAGGCUUUCUACAUAUUAUUGGAGCCAUUCAAAGAAAGAGCCUUAAGAUCUCUGGUCUUGUAUAUACCAUUUGUUUGGUCAGGUUUUAGAGCCUCAUAACUGGUUUGAAUCCUUAGACCCUGUUUUAUUUAAAUCUCUUUACUACUUUGAGCCUGUUUCCUCAUUCGCCAAAUAAGAAUAAUAAUACUUGAACCUACCUCACAAGGGGUGCUGAGUAAAGUGUUUUGCAAACUUUAAAUCACUAUAUAAAUAUUAUUAUAUUUACCAUUACUGUUAUUACCCUUUGCUUUUUUAGUGGCACUGGUCCUUUUCCAUCCAAGCCUGCAAAAUUUACCUUUUUAGAACAAAAAUUCAUUGAAUCACUAUCCUUCCAGUUUAAGCCCUACUGACUCUUUGACUACUCUGUCUUUUAUUUGCAUAGUGAGGAGAAAAUAUAUAUACAAGCAUAGCCCAAAACUACAUUUUCUUAAAGGGAAAUUUAUUUUUUAAAACCCUGAACCUUUAAACACGGGAAUAGUAUUUCCUCAUUUAAAACAUAAAACAGUUUAGACUCUGAUAACCAAGCAGAAAUGUCUGUGUAUUGUUCUUAGGGGGCUUGCUGCUAACAAACUUGGCUUUGCUGUUGGACAGGAAUAGCUAUUUGUUAAAAGUGAUUUUAUCUGUCCCACAAUCUAACUAGUUCCCCUAUCAAUCAAGUUCACUCAUUUGAAAUCCUGAUUAAUUAGACACUGACUAUGCCACAGGGCCAUCUUGGAAUAGUUUGGCCUUUUCCAGGUUGCUGACAAUGGCAAGCUGUGUAUGAAAUAAGGGACCAUUUGGGGCCCUUUGAUGCUCUUCAGAUCUUCAAAAGCUAAGGCUGGAAGAGAUUUCUAGGGGUCAUCUGGCCAUCCAUCUACCUCCAGGGAAGACUGUCUCUCAGGCAUGCAUGACCCGAACAGGAUAGAUACUCAUCUAUUCUUACACAUCUCCAGGGAAGGUUUCCUUGGUAACCCAAUCGUUUUCCUUAGUUUCUUCCUACAAUUGGAAAGUAUCUGGGCUAGUCUUUGUGGACUAGGCACCUGGCAACAGUUGUGGUGAUUUGGGCCAUUGUGUCAGAGUAUUGAGAAUAAGUGUUUUACCCACAAUCAUUUUAGGAUUCUAUGGACCAACCAACAGAUUCCUUUUUCUCCCUAAUAAGAGAUGCUAGUGCUGAUACAAUGGCUGGUGAUCUCAAGCUCUUUCAGCAAAGUUAUUGCCAUUUGAUGAUUGGGGAGCCGUCAGGAAGAAGGAUUGUUCCAGAUUCCCCAGGGGGAAGCCAGUAUCCCAGCCGGGAUCAGGUGGCUUGACUUUUAAGCUAGACUGUUUUCCAAGACAUUACCAACACAAAGACUGAGCUUUUCUUGGCCCUCCAGCUAUAGAAUAGGUGCUCCUUUAUUAACCUCCCUUUCAUCUGAAACAAUUCCCAGCUCUCUCUCUCCUAGGGAGACUAGACUAGUUUGUUUGGUUUGGGGUUUUAUUGGGGGGGGGGGCUGGCAGGAAGGGAAAGAAUAAAAUCUCCUGAGACACAGCAACCAGCUAGCUCCCUCAGCCUCUUUGUCUGCCAGUUAGUUAAACAACAGCAGCCUGCCUUCUCUGGGUUCUUGGAAAUGGUUUGAAAAGCUGUCAUGUUGAGGAGAGCUGGAAAAGGAGGGAGAGGUGCCUCCAGCGACCCAGGGUGGUGACUGCUGACUACAUGAUUUGACAGACGCAUUUCUGCAUGUUUAGAGAUACUGGGAUAAAAUUUUCAAAUUCAGUUUCAACACAUGGUCAAGCAAGGACUAGUCCUUUUUUUCAAAGUCCCAUUAAAACUGGGGUUCUUAACCUUUGUGUCCUGAACCCCUUUGGCAGUCUGGUGAAGCCAAUGCUGUUUUUAAGGAUAGAAAAUAAAACCUGUAUUAUUACAAAGUAAAACCAUGAUAUCAAAAUAGUUGUCAAUUUUUAUAAGUUCAUGGAUCCUAGGUUAAGAACCUCUGAAUUUAAAAAAUACAUUUUCCACUAUAGAAAUGAGAUCUGUUUGGAAUCAAAGCAUUAAUGCUGGUCAACCAUGUCAAAGAAGAGAGAAACACCCCCUCCGACUCUCAAAGUAUUGGAUUAUUUUCCUGUACCUGCUUCUCUUCCCCAGCAAACACCUUGAUGCCCUUGUGUGAAACUAGCCACAGCUCUGCUUUGAAUACCAGUGCACAUAAAUUACCUUACCUGCUGAAAAACCCCCAGAAUUCUCUACUGUUCCUGUAAAGACUGUUUAAUGAUUUGGCCCUUGUUUUAAUGGACUGUAGGCACUUCUCUGAAAAUAUAUCUGAAGUAUAGUUUGUGAAACAUGUUCCAAAGUGUUUGAUGUAAAAUAAGCUCUAGACAUUUACGGUACAGAAAUAAAUAGUCAAAAAGCUGUAGAUUGCAACUCUGGUUCCUAAGAGCCUCUGCCGUUAUUGUGUCUUAGUAAAGUUGAUCUGCUUUCUCUUUAUUUUCUUGCAUUUCUUGUGUACUAGCCUUUUAAGAGAAAAUUAUUAAUACAUAUGUACUGGUUAAUGCCUGUUAACAUGGAACAUGGCAUUCUGUGAUUUCCAUGUGUUUCGCUCAGCAUCCCAGGGUAUAGAAAUAUCAGUUUGGUAGGAAAAGGUCACCUGAUAUUGAUCUUCAAAAAUGCAUUUCCCCCCCCAUCUGAAAAAUUGCACGGACAAAUGUCACCAACUGCAGUUGUUUUUACCUUCGGUGGUCUGAUUUUUAAAAAUAUCUCUACAUUCCAGAUGGGGUGGCCGCCAUUGUCAAGGGAUUCCACUAGCAGCAUGUAUAUAAUAGUAAAUCAAAGAAAGGCUCCAAGGCACUGUGAGGUCUCCUUCCGUCUACAGAAACCGAUUGCUCAGAUUUUAGGCACUGCAGCAUUUCCUCCACACAAGGGAAGUCCUCUUUUCACAGACUAGGCUUAUUUGGUGGAAAAUUGGUGGGUUUUGGGUUUUCAGUGUGUGUGCGAACACAAACACUCACAUUCACACACACACAUUACUUUUUCCUUUUAACACAACCAAAAAACUAGAGUAGUACAAAGUAUUUGCCAUUAUGAUUAGCUUGUUUUUCUUUUUUUAUUGUUGUUCAAUUAUUAUUACUUCAAAGUAUUUGCUAUUAUAAUUAGCUUGUUUUUCUUUUUUGUUGUUCAAUUAUUAUUACUUCUGUAGAUAUGAAUAGUACCAUAAGAGCUGUUUUCAUUACUGUUACUUACAACCUGCUGACUUCUAAGAGGUGAAAGGGACAAAUGUUAAACAAAAAUCCAUACCGAUAGUCAUUUUACACUAGAACCUCAUGUUAUAUGUUAUACAUUAGAUUGAUUUCUCUUGUGCAUAAGCUAUAACAUCAAAGAUGCCAAAGGGUAAAUGAAAUAAGCUACAAUAAUAUUCAACAGAAGUUAACCUGGACCUUAUGUUGUAAUAAUUUAUUCAUAUUAGCUGUAGUCUUCUGUAUUUAUAUUUUCCGUAUUUAUUAUGAAUGAUAUGAAAAAUUGAUGUAUUUAUUGUGGCUUAUUAUUGCAGUGUAUAUAUUACAAAUGAGCAUUUUUAAGUAUUAAUCUGAUUUCUUUUGUUAGUGGCACUUGUAUUAUGCUGUACUUUUUAUUAUAUAUUGUACAAUAUAUUGUCCAUUUGUUUGCAGCAAAGUAAAACAGGUUUCUACAUUAUAUCAACUAC